AAGACUCGUUCGUUCAGCGCCGCGGACAUUUUGUGUCGCGGUAGAGAAGAUGAGCGAAGAGCAUUAUCUGGAGCUUUGCGACAGUCCGGUGCAAUUUGAAAAUGCUUCCAGUGUCAACAACGUCUUUUUCGACGAAGCAAAUAAGCAGGUGUUUGCUGUGCGCUCAGGUGGUGCCACAGGAGUUGUGGUUAAAGGACCAGAUGACAAAAACUCAAUUGCAUUCAGAAUGGAGGACAAGGGGGAAGUGAAGUGCAUCAAGUUUUCCUAUGAAAACAAGAUUUUGGCUGUCCAGAGAUCUCCCAAGUCUGUGGACUUCAUUAACUUCAUGCCUGACUUGCCCCACUCGGAGUUCUCUCAGGAAUGUAAGACCAAGAAUGCUACUGUGCUUGGAUUCUGUUGGACCAGCUGGAAUGAGAUCGUUUUCAUCACAGAUCAAGGGGUUGAGUUUUAUCAGGUGUUACCAGACAAACGCAGUCUGAAGCUGCUGAAAAGUCACAGCAUCAACGUGAACUGGUACGUUUACUGCCCUGAGACGAGUGUCAUCUUGCUGUCGACCACAGUGCAGGGCAAUGUUCUCCAGCCUUUUGCCUUCAAGUGUGGCACCAUGUCCAAAAUGUCCAAAUUUGAGAUUGAACUGCCUGUGGUGACCAAACCUGCCAAAAUAAUCUUGUCUGAGCGAGACAUUGCUGUGGCAACCAUAUAUGGGCAGCUGUAUGUGAUGUAUCUGAAGCAUCACUCCAGAACAGGAAAUAAUCCUGGUGCUGAAGUGGUUCUCUAUCACCUUCAGAGGGAGGGUGCCUGUAAGAGGAGUCACAUUUUGAAGCUGAACACCACAGGAAAAUUUGCACUUAACGUGGUGGACAAUUUGGUCAUAGUGCAUCAUCAAAGUUCUCAGACAUCCUUCAUGUUUGACAUUAAAAUGAAGGACACAGACAGCAACUUGAACAUCCACCAGCCCGUGCUCCCUGCCCGCUCUAUCCACCCUUACAAAAUUGCGCUCACAGGUCCUGCUGCUGUGGGCUCCCAGACCCCAGUACCAUGUGAACUCUACUCUUCAACAUGGAGUGUCUUUCAGCCAGACAUUAUAAUAAGUGCCAGCGAAGGGUAUUUAUGGUAUCUGCAGGUGAAGUUGAAGCCCGUGGUCAGUCUCCUACAGGACAAAAGCAAGCUGAUGGAGUUCCUGCUGCGCAGAAGAGACUGCAAGAUGGUCAUUCUGUCGGUGUGCUCUCAGAUGCUCAGCAGAGGAGACAAGGGCAGUUUGCCAGUAGUGGCAAUUGUCUUUGACAAACUCAAUCAGGUGUACAAAGAAUAUCUAGAGGCAGAGCAGAGCUACACUAUGGCAGUGGAGUGUGGGCCGAGCCGGGGCAGCACCGCUCACAAGAGGCCAGUCCGCACACAGGCAGUCAUUGACCAGUCUGACAUGUACACCCAUGUUCUCUCCUUGUUCACCGAGAGGAAGGAUGUGUCCCACAAAUUCAUAAUUGCGGUGCUGAUGGAGUACAUCCGCUCACUCAACCAGUUCCAAAUCACAGUGCAGCACUACUUGUAUGAGUUGGUAAUUAAAACCCUGGUCCAGCACAACCUUUUAUACAUGCUUCACCAGUUCCUUCAGUACCAUGUGCUCAGUGACUCGAAGCCCCUGGCUUGUUUGUUGUUGUCUUUAGAGAGCACUUAUCCCCCAGCCCACCAGCUCUCCUUGGACAUGCUAAAGAGGCUCUCCACUGCCAAUGACGAAAUUGUCGAAGUGCUGCUGUCCAAACAGCAAGUUCUGGGUGCCUUGCGCUUCAUCCGGAGCGUCGGUGGUCAUGACAACAUUUCUGCACGCAAGUUCCUAGAUGCUGCCCGCCAGACAAAAGACCAAAUGCUCUUCUACACAAUCUUCCGGUUCUUUGAGCAGAGGAACCAGCGUCUGCGAGGAAGUCCUAACUUCACACCAGGGGAACACUGCGAAGAACACGUCGCUUACUUCAAGCAGGCUUUUGGGGAACAAGCCUUUAUAAAGCCUGUAACACUUUGAGAGAAAUGUUCUGUAUUUCAGCUGUAUUCUGUUAAAUAACAAUUAAUUUUCAUAUUCCUGCAGCUUAAGUGCUGGUGUAUUUCUGUCUCAUAAGUCAUCUACAAGUUUUGCAUGUUUGCACCUUAAAAGACAAGUUUGGCUAAUGACUGUUGCAGUGAUGGGGACCUGUGAAAUGAGCUUUUGUUUCAGUGAGUCUGAAUUCUGUAUUUGAAUGUGGUCACAAGGUUUUAUUUUACAUCACACAACAGGACAGCAGCUCUACUGGCAGGGCCAAGGAUCGAAGAUUUACCUCCUCUCAGUGCUGGUAUUGUGCUUUCAAUACCUUUGUGUUUUUGCUAAGGGUGCUGGGAGGAAGAACACAGGAAUAAUUCCAAAUAUAUUUCAUAUCUCAACUUUGAAAACCGAAAUUUAACUACAAAAAAGCUUGUGAACAAGUACUAUGUAUGUGUGAAUUUUGUGCAGUUUAAAGGCAAUAAUAUAGAACUGUAGGGAGUAUUCUUUAUUUUUAAUUUCAUAAAGGGGAACGAGUUUCAUUGUGAACACAGAUGGGUUAUCAAGAUUUCAUGUUGCUGUUUAUCGAGAUUAAAUGUGACUUUUAACGCUUGCAGAAUAACAAUUUGCUUUUGGCUGAGCAAGUUAACGAGAUUUAUGUCCUGAGGAAAAAGUUUCAGUUGAUGUGCAAAUAAAGUUUGUGAAAAG